CACGUGACGAAUGUUGGGUUUCUCGGGCCCUCCCGUCACAUGAUCUGGACCGGUCGCGGCAGCGUCCCGCACCCUCUUAGCCUCCUGCUCCGCGCGCUGCCGGGGUGGCCGCGUCCAGGUGCCUCGCGGGGGGUUCGGGGCAGCAGCGACCCUGCCCCCCGCCGCGGGCCGGGGCUCGGCCGGGCAGGACGCUCCUCGCUCAUCUCCAGAUGCAGGGCUUUGCCUGUAGGAACAACUGUUGCAGGAUUGGGGUGCGGCUGAGGGAAACAGUGGAAGUGGCUAUACCCAACAAUACACUAGCAAAUACUCAAAAAAUGUCAACUUACUUAUAGGAAUUAUAUGAAACCCAACAUAGUCAUGGUGGAUGUAGGAAAGUGGCCAAUAUUUACCUUGCUUUCACCUCAAGAAAUAGCAUCUAUUCGGAAAGCAUGUGUAUUUGGCACAUCGGCCAAUGAAGCUAUAUACAUAACCCAUAAUGAUGAGGUGUUUGUGUUUGGACUAAACUGUAGUAAUUGUUUGGGGACUGGAGAUAAUCAAAGCACAAUAGUACCAAAGAAAUUAGAAGCCUUAUGUGGAAAGAAGAUUAACAAUCUCAGUUAUGGAAGUGGACCACAUGUUAUACUUAGCACUGAAGAUGGUGAAGUUUAUGCUUGGGGACAUAAUGGAUACAGCCAGCUUGGGAAUGGAACAACCAAUCAGGGCAUUACUCCUGUUCAAGUCUGUACCAACCUGCUAAUUAAGAGGGUGAUUGAAGUAGCUUGUGGCUCUCAUCAUUCUAUGGCCCUAUCAUCUGAUGGAGACGUAUAUGCAUGGGGCUAUAACAACUGUGGUCAGGUUGGAUCUGGAUCUACAGCAAAUCAGCCAACUCCUCGCAAAGUCUCAAAUUGUUUACAGACUAAAAUGGUGGUCAGUAUUGCUUGUGGUCAGACCUCCUCUAUGGCUGUAAUAGACAAUGGUGAGGUAUAUGGCUGGGGUUACAAUGGUAAUGGUCAGCUAGGUCUGGGAAACAAUGGUAAUCAACUCACACCUUGUAGAGUGGCAGCCUUACAUGGUGUAUGUGUACUUCAGAUUACCUGUGGCUAUGCGCACACACUAGCACUAACAGAUGAGGGUUUGCUCUAUUCCUGGGGAGCUAACACUUAUGGGCAGCUGGGAACUGGCAAUAAAAGUAACCAGCUAAGCCCGGCGCAGAUCAUGAUGGAAAAGGAAAGGGUGGUAGAGAUUGCAGCCUGCCACUCUUCUCACACUUCUGCUGCCAAGACCCAAGGUGGCCAGGUGUAUAUGUGGGGCCAGUGCCGUGGCCAGUCUGUUGUUCUUCCUCACCUCACUCAUUUCACUUGCACUGAUGAUGUGUUUGCUUGCUUUUCUACUCCCGCUGUGAUGUGGCGCCUCCUCUCAGUAGAGCAUGAAGACUCCUUAACAGUAGCUGAGUCUUUGAAGAAAGAGUUUGACAGUCCAGAAACCUCAGACCUAAAAUUCCGUGUAGAUGGAAAAUACAUCCAUGUUCAUAAAGCUGUUCUAAAAAUCAGAUGUGAACACUUCAGAACCAUGUUCCAGUCAUAUUGGAAUGAGGACAUGAAGGAGGUGAUAGAAAUAGACCAAUUUUCUUACCCAGUGUAUCGUGCCUUUCUUGAAUACCUAUAUACAGACAGCGUUGAUCUGCCACCUGAAGAUGCUAUAGGACUUCUGGAUUUGGCCACAUCUUAUUGUGAAAACAGAUUGAAAAAACUGUGUCAACACAUUAUCAAGAGAGGAAUUACUGUGGAAAAUGCAUUUUCAUUGCUCUCUGCUGCAGUGAGAUAUGAUGCAGAGGAUUUAGAAGAAUUCUGCUUUAAGUUUUGUGUCAAUCAUUUGACGGAAGUGACACAGACUGCAGCGUUUUGGCAAAUGGAUGGCCCCCUGCUAAAGGAAUUCAUUGCUAAAGCCAGUAAAUGUGGAGCCUUUAAGAACUGAAACACAUGGCUGUAAGUUUUGGAUGACAUUGUACCAGUCAUAGCUGGUUUGCUGUAUUCAUGAAUAACAGGCUUGUGUAACCCUGAAGGUGAAGAAAAACAAAACAAAAACCUAAUUGAUUGCAUUAUAUUGGGGUUAUAAAACUCUAUACAGAAACUGCAGCAAAUGUUCUGUGUGCUGUAUCCAUGCUUUUAAAAAAGUGAACUGUUGCAAGAGAUGCAAGUCAGAAGGUUAACAUUAACUUACAUUUGGAGAGCUGGAAAUCUUCACGUUGCUGUUUUUGAGUUUACUGUACUUCUGAGGUGGGAAAAAUUGAAGCAGGAGGAUGUUUUUGAGUGCUGAUGAGGAUUAAUCAUUUGGGGCCAGGAAUUGAGAUUUCUUAACUUGAUCUGUUGGGACCUCCAGGGAGUUGCAGCAUAGGCUGAACUGAGCCAUUGAAACAUUUCAUGUAAAUGUUAGCUCUGUAGAAUUACCCUGAAGGAACAAACAGGACUGAUUUUCUUUGUAUUGUGGUUGCAUGAUUAUGAAUUUGUGACAAUUUUGAUAUGUAUAAAUAAUCAUAUGUAUUCAAGGCUUAGAGGAAACUGCAGAAAAGAUAAUGUCGCUAUAAAAUAUGCGCAGAGAAAACUUACUAAUCGAGUUGGAAGUAAAGCUGCUCAUCCAGGAUACUUUAAAAUGCAAAGGGCAACAUGUAACCUAGAUGUUCAAAGAUUAUUUAUAAUAGUCAUUGAAAGACGUAUUGCCCUGUUUUGAGGGCCAAAUCAAGUUAAUUAGGCAAUUCUAAAUAAAAGGGGAGAGAACUGUUGGAAAGUUGUUUUUUGCAUUGGAAUAUUGUAUAAAAACUUAAAAAUUACAUGUAAUAAAAUUACACUUUUCAAAUUG